CCAUCCGUCUCAUAGGGAAAGUUCCUCCUGACCCAGAAACGCUGUUUGUCCCCAAAUUGUGCCACAUACACUCCUGUCUGUCUGUCUGAGUCGGCACAGUUUGACAUUGAACGCAACACCACCCGGCUCUGAGAAGAAGAAGAAGAAGAAGAAGAAGAAGAGGCCAGGAGUUGGUUAUUGUCCGAAAGAUGCAAAGUUUUUGACCUCACUGGAGCUGGUUUGACUGAAGUUAAGGGACUGACAAGAUGCGUUCUAGUGUGGCUGGACCACCAAGCCCCCUUGACAGAGCAGGAGGCACUGGCACCAACAACCAUAACAACAACAGCAGCAGUGAAAGCAGUGGAAACUCAGGUUCCCAGUAUGCAUUAUGUGCUCUGGGGGUGGGGCUUGUCGCCCUCGGUAUCGUGAUGAUUGUGUGGAGCGUAGUACCUGCCGACGCGGCCGGUAAUAGCAGCAGCAGCAGCAGCAGCGGCAGUUCGGGUGGAGUGGGUGAUACUGGUGACAGGAAACAUAAAGCGUCCUCUGUGGCCUUUGUCUUGGUGGGGUCUGGAGUGGCCAUGCUGCUGCUGUCCUUGUGUCUGGGAAUGAGGAACAAGCAGCGGGAGCAGCAGAGGCUCCUGGAGAGGCAGAACCAAGGAGCAGAGGCAGCUCGGCAGCAGGAAGACAGAGAAACUGCUGAGGAACAAGCCCAACGCUACGCUGUACCUAGUUAUGAAGAGGCAGUAGGCAGUGGCCAGUACCCUGUCCGUCAGAGCAACCUUCGCCCAAGCACCUCCCAGCUACCUUCCUACGAUGACCUUGUCCAAGUUGAUGGUGUACAGUAUGAAUUCGAGGGGCCAGAGGUCACACCAACCGGAGCACAGCCUGCUCCAGCUUCCAGUGCUCCCACAGCUCCCAGUGCUGCUGCUUCCACAUCAAAUCGCAGAGCUGGGAAAAACACCCGCAAGCUCCUCCCUAUCAAGAUCCGCAGGAUUAAAUCAGAGAAGCUGCACAUGAAAAACACUGAUAACUCUCAGCCGCCGGCUGGAUUCAGUAUAGAGCCACUCACCCCUCCGCCGCAGUAUGAGGAUAAAGUUCCUCCGAUCUGAGAUCAAGCUGAUGGUGUUUAAAACAGUCUGCUGAAACUCCUGGAGUCCUCCAUGAUCACCUGUCAUGGAUCUGGAUCUGUGGUUUUAAGACUUGAAGAUGGCCUUUCUUGCAGAACAUUCUCAGAGGCACUUUGUAUUUUUUUUUUUUUAGAAAAUACAGCAUCUGUUCUAACUCUUCUCUUGUGCCACAUCGCUCCAAAUCAUGGAAUACAGAAACCUUUUUUAAAUUUUGGAUCUCUGAAACAGAUACGGACCGAUAGUAAUGGACACAGUUACUGGAGCCUUCUUCACAGUUUGACUGAUUCUGUCACGCGGUGGCGCAUUGGAUUAAAAGCACACACCAAAGGCAGUUUUCCUUUAUCUCAGUCAUUUUCUGUUUUUGCAUUAUCUUAAUGUUCUCCACUCUGCACUGACUGUCAUCACAGGACAUCACUGACUGGUUAUGGUGAGGAUUUGUGUGCACACUUAAGUAGAUACAUGCAGGGCGCUCAUUUUGUAAAGUAGCUGCUGCUUGGGCUGUGUCUCACCCUGGGAGGCUUUGGAUUACUACUGCCAGUGGUUUACCAAAUGUAGGCUCCAUGGUGUGUGACUGAGCAUUGUAUGUGCUCAGCUGGCCUGACCUGCUGUGGUAUGCACAGAUACUCUCCCUCACUGUCAACAACAUAGUCCCUCCGGGUCUUCUAGAGCUCUGCAGCAAAUAAGCAACUAUUCUGGUAAAUGCUGAUCAGUGUUGGAGAGAGGCUACUGCUGAAGUCCCUCCCUGCUUCCAUAUUAGCUUUGGGUCAGAUGGCUUUCUUUAUCGGUCUCCUUGAAAAGCUUAAACAUGGCACUGGGUGACCACUGGACAGCACCAUUUAAGAAUCGUCUACUUGUAACCACAGAGCUUUGUUGGAAUUUAUCAGCUACAGCUCCCAUGACUCUUAACAACAGGCACUCUACCAAAACCCAAUGGGAGUUGAAAUUGUUGAAUGCCACCAAAGUAUCACUUGUUUUAUCUUAGAAGUAUCAAGUCACUCAAAUGUUACCAUCCAGUACAGCAGCAUAUUUAAGAGAAAAGCCAAGUUUUAUGUUUCUCCUUAGAAAGACAAAACCCUACGCAGUACAAAGUCUGGUGGAAUGAACUGGAGGCCAAAAUGAAACAGCUGUUCACGAGGUUAAAGGGAUAAUUCAGGUCGUUUGAAUUGGGGUUGUAUGAGGUACUUAUCCAUAGUCAGUGUAUUACACACAGUAGAUGUCAGUUGGUAUGUCCCCAGUUUGGAGAGCCACCCAAAACAAUCAAGUGUAUACUUAAUUUAGAAUAUUUUCACUCCUUUGCUUUCAGUCAAACAAAUCAAAUCCAUCUUCAAAUCCAGACUCCAUUAAGAAAAACAGUGAUUUAAUCUUGCUGAACACAGGAGCUGCUGAUACCUCGAUCAGUUAUUGUCUUUGUUUUAUUGUGUGACUUUGCCGUUUAAAGGGGGUAGUUUGGAUUCACCAAAGUCAAACAGUAACACAAGCUAACUAACAGAUCAAGGCAGCUGGACCAGCAGCUCCUGUGUUCUGCGAACUAAGAUCAUUGUUGGGGAAUAGAUUACUUUAAUGGCUUACCCAUCUGUCUCCAGCAAAGUACAGCAGUGAAAAUACUUUCAAUGUAGCAUAUGCUCAAACUGUUACACUAUUUUUUUAUGUUGCUUGACCAGCACUUCCUGUGUUCAGCAAUGUUAAAUUACUGUUUUUCUCAGUGGGGUCUGGCUUUGAAGAGAGUGAUGUAACAGCUUCAGUUUCCCAUCAGAAUUCACUGUCUGAGGGUGGGGUAACAUGGUUAAAAUAUUUUUAAAUAUAGCGUACACUUAAACUGGUAUUGAUUUUUUUUAGGUGGCUUAAAUAAGGUAAGCUGCUGACCCUGUCCACAGCAGUACAUUGCUUAGCUUCUGUGUCAGUACUCCUUCCUGCUUCUCCAAACUCGGGGCAUGCUAACCACCUUUUAGUGUAUUAAUACACUGUCUAUAGAUAAGUACCCCAUACAACCCAAUUUAAAAAAACCAAACUAUCCCUUUAAAGUUGUGGGUAUUUCUUUACUAAGCAGGACAUGGGCUAAAAUCACUGAAUUUCUGUGGUUAGUUGUUUUAUUAAAUGUGCCUUAAGUUAGUACCUUUACUUUCUGAAAGCUGUAUUAAGAAAUUUUGACCUUUAAAGGGCACAAAGACGCUAAAACAAACUCUCAGACACACAGCUCUGAUAAGCCAUCAGCUUAUCAAUUUAUCAUGGUUAAGGGGCUUGCAAAAAGCUGCCUGAUUAGAAAAUAAGAUUAGCAUGCCACUGGAGUUGUGUUUCUAUCUAUCUAUCUAUCUAUCUAUCUCUCUCUCUCUCUCUCCUUUGGUGCCAGGCAGGCAGCAUGCUCUCAUUAGACGACCAUACAGUCUGUGCUAAAAACUGAACAAUUAGCUCUGGAGUCAGUUGUGAACAUACGACCAAACAGCUAUUCAAAAGUGUAAAUUAGCUGGCUGUCAGUUAGGUAGAGAAUAGAGAGGCAAAGCCCAUCCUCUGUACGGGACCUUAUUUUGGAAACUAUGUACAGUUGUCAACGGCGAGAGACAAGAAAAAAAAAAAA